AUGCACUCUGUCGCUGGUCUGAAUAUUUACUGGCCGUUUACUUUUGCCUUGGACCAAAAUGGAACGCUUUGGAUCACGGAGGUUGAUUUUCUUAAAAGGCCAAGAUACAGGCUUUUGAAGGUUGCAGUCGGCGCAAAAUCAUAUAUCUUCGAUUCCACACCAGAAAGAUGCAGCUUGUCUGUUCCUGAGGAGCAGGAGAGUAUCAUCCUGACAGAAGAAUUGGACCAAUGUCGAAUGUUUAAUAUCAUUCUGAUCUGCUCCAACGUAUUUACCGUCAUCCUGUCGAGUCUAAUCAUUCAUUGGCUCCAUCUGAGACAAAAGAGGAAGAAAUCCCUUUCAAAAAUCACCAACGAAGCCCAGCAAAUGUCCGUUUUGCGUGAAAACCAGGAAGUUCAAAAUGAAAACUCGAGAAUUGUCGCCGCAACUUCCGUUCUGACCGGAUACGAUGACGAAGGGCUGUACGAUGAAGUCAUAUACCACCGGCCCCCUUGCACACCCCCUCCUGUGGAUCCCUACGAGAAGCCGAUAUGCCAUAGCCCGUGCUGUGUGAAGAAAGUAAAAUCAAUGCCGGUGAGGCCGAGGACUUUCGAGGAAUUUGGAGAGGCGCCUCAUGCUCCAGUUGAGUACGACGACGUCGGCCCUGCUGAACCGGAAGAACAGGAUGAUUACGUCGCACCGGCACCUCCCAUAACACCGCAUUGUGAAGAAACCACUUCCGAGUCAGCGCAGUACCUGAAAAUCCUGUCAUAA